UCCAGGCCCGCGCGUCGCUCGCAACAAUCCCUUCGCGGUCAAUUGACCUAUACUUGGCGAAAGAGACUCAACAAUCAGACAGACCCAUGAUAACAUGAGCUCAUCGAGCGCGGAUGGCUCCUACGAGCUCUACAACUACAAUCCCUCCGUCGCCGCCGCCGUCAUCUUCGUCCUGCUCUUCCUCGCGAUAACGGUCCACCAUGUCUACCAGCUGGCCCGAGCGCACGCCUGGUACUUCACCUGCUUCGUGCUGGGUGGUAUCUUAGAAGUAAUCGGCUACAUUGCGCGCGCCUCGGCGCAUAACAACACCAGCAGCCAGACGAUCUUCACGCUCCAAACGCUACUGAUUCUCCUAGCGCCGCCUCUCUACGCAGCAACCCUGUACAUGACACUAGGCCGUCUCGUCUUCUACCUCGACAAAGAGUCCCUGAGCAUCGUCCCGACGCGAUGGCUAACCGUGAUCUUCGUCGCGGGGGACAUCAUCUCCUUCCUAAUCCAAGGCGCCGGCGGCGCGAUCCUCACGCACACAUCAACAGACGCCUCCGCCCUCACGACGGGCCAAAACAUCAUCAUCGCAGGCCUAGUCAUCCAGCUCCUUUUCUUCACAGUCUUCCUGCUGGCAGCGAUCACCUUCCACUACCGGAUCCACCGCAGCCCCUCCUCGCAGUCCAUCUCGUCAUGCAUCGCAACCGACGGCUGGUUCCACGCCACCUGGGAGACGACCCUGUUGGGCCUGUACGUGGCCGGCGCGCUGAUCCUGGUGCGCUCGGUAUACCGGCUGGCGGAGUAUGCGAGCGCCGGCGCCACCGGCGAGGGGUAUUUGGGUAGGCAUGAGGCGUUCGCGUAUGUGUUCGACGCGCUGCCGAUGUUUCUGGGUAUGGUGGUCAUGGCCGUGUGGCAUCCGUCGCGGGUGUUGUUGCUCAACCGCAGGGUGUAUCAGCUGGAUAUGGCGUUUAAUGAAGAGAGGAAUGAUGUGCAGUUGAGUAAGAUUUAUUUGGGGUAGGAUGCUGUGGGUUUGGUUGGUUAGUGGGUGUGACUGUUUGUGUGAUUGAGUAG